AUGUCUUCUACCAGCGAAUCUACGAUGCCUGACAGCCGACAACCUCGCAAAGAGGAAGUUGACAGGGCCGAUGAUCAAAUCUCAGGACCUGGCGGUCUUGGCGAGCCAGACGCUGGGGUCCCUCCAUCCGCAUUUUCAUCUACCUUCCAAGAGGUCCUUUUUAUCUUUGUCAUUGGCCUAUCACAGCUGUUCUCUGUUGGUGGUCUCGGGAAUACAUCUUUUUCGGUGCAACAAAUUGGACACUCCCUGCAUGCGACAAGCAAUGGUCAAAUGUCCUGGUUCCUAGCGUCAUACUCUCUCUGCGGCGGUGUUUUCGUUCUAGUGACCGGACGACUAGGCGAUCACUUCGGCCACAAAUAUGUCUUCCUUUUCGGUUGGAUGUGGAUGGCCCUAUGGUCGCUCAUGAGUGGCUUCGCCAAAGAUGUGAUCCUCUUCGACGUUGCUCGCGGCAUGACGGGCAUCGGCAACGGGGCACUGGUCCCCAACUCCUUCGCCCUCCUCGCACGUGCCUUCCCCCCGCUGUCAGUCAAGAAGAACAUUGCCUUUGCCUUCCUCGGGUUCUGCGCACCAUCGGGCUACAUAUUUGGAGGCAUCAUCGGCGCUGCCUUUGCCGAGAAAGUCACCUGGCGAUGGGGAUAUUGGUUCUGGGCAAUUGGCUGCCUCGUCCUGGGCGCAGUGACCUAUUUCAUCGUGCCCCACCGCGUGGGCGCGCCCAUCCCCGGCCUUAGCCUCAAGCGAUUCGACUACCUCGGAUCCUUUCUCGGCGUCUCGGGGCUGAUCCUCCUCUCCUUCGCCUGGAACCAAGCCUCCGUGGUAGGCUGGCAAGAGCCCUACGUCUACGCGCUCCUGAUUGUCGGAAUCCUCCUGAUCGUCGCCUUCGCCAUCUCGCAGUCCCACGUCCCGGCCCCCGUCCUCCCCAACACCCUCUGGACCCGCAAGGGCUUCUCCCCGGUUGUGACAGCCAUGGCAUUCGGCUGGAUGUCCUUCGGCAUUUUCCUGUACUACACGACAAUCUACAUCCUCACGAUCCACCAAGCGCAGCCACUCACGGCAGUCGCGCAGAUGGUCCCGCUCGUGAUUGGGGGGCUGUUCGCGACGGCCUCCGUCGGGCUCUUCAUCACCAAAGUCCCGGCGCAGUACAUCUUCGGCGUCUCCAUGUUCUCCUUCCUGGUCGGCAACCUGCUCAUGAGCUUUGUGUCGUACUCCCCCGUCUACUGGGCCUUCAUCUUCCCCGCCUGUUUGCUGGUGGUGGGCGGACCGGACCUCUCCUUCGCCUCGUCGGGAAUCCUCAUCUCCAAUGCGGUUCUGCCGGAGGAGCAGGGCGUCGCUGGCUCUUUCAUUUCGACGGUCGUCCAGUACUCCAUCUCCAUCGGGUUAGGGAUCGCCGCGACGGUGGAGGCGCAUGUCAACCGCGGGGGCGAGGAUGUGGUUCGCGGGUACCGCGGGGCGCUUUGGCUUGGGGUCGGGUUCGCGGCGGUCGGGUUUGUGAUUGUGGUUCUGUUUGUUCGGGAUAACCGGUUUGAUGCGACGGAGAAGAAUGGGAAGGUUGAUGCGAGCAGCACGGAUAGCGCUGAGAUGCCAGUUGACUAG